UACGUCAUUUUACAAUUGAUAUUCAACCUAACACGUAUAUUCAACAAGUCAGGAUUGUAUAAAAAUUUUAUUCUAGUCCAUUAAGUGACAAUGGAUACAAUGACUUUAUUUGUGAAUAGAAUAAUCGUAUUUUCGGAGCUUUUAAACGUCUUGACAAUCUACGAAUAACGGAUAACGUAUUGAGGUUACUGUAUUAAAUGAUUGUCAAAGGACAUAACAAUUUGACAGUGGCCUGGAUUACACUUCAUUUGUGUAUCUCUAUGUAGUAAAAUGUAAAUUAAUAAUGCUAUAAUUUGUAAUCUAUACAAAACAAGUGCUCAAAAUGGAGAAAGUUAUACCAAUGAGUUGGUUGAACCAAAUGUUAUUAUUGCUAAGUAUCGUUUCUGCAGUUCUAUCUAUAAUUAUCUCAGAAUGGUUUGGGAACAGAUCUCUACCAGUAUAUAUCCCAAUUUUGUGGGCAAUUUUCAUUACUAUAUUAUCUACGUGGCUCAGUUGUUUCCUCCUGAGACUUGCGUUGAAAGCCACUACUCCAAUUAAUAUAGAACUAAUUACUGGCUGGAUACGAGAUCGUUUGGAGAAUUAUUUAACAUGUAAUAUUGAAACUGUUGCUAAGUCUAAAGGUGCUAUACAUAACAACAAAGAAGUAAAUGAUAUACAAUCAACAAAUGUUCAAAGAAUCAGUAACAACGUUGCAAAGGAUGACAAAGGCACUCAGCAGUUAUAUUGUAAACAAAGCCAAAAUGAAUUAAAGACAGGAAAAGUGGACAACGCUUCUAUCAUAAGAAAAUUGGAUCUUGACAGAUUAGUAAUACAGAUCGAUGUGAAGUUUAUUAGUAGUUGGUAUAAGAAUUUAAGCAGUGAUAAGACAUUUCCUGAUGAAGCAAAAGGGUUAUUAAGAAAAUUACUAAACAGAUUGCAACACCAAGUAACCUCAUUGGAUAAAAUAAAAUUGACAAGUAAACUUGCUGAUGUUUUAUUGCUGCAUUUGAAGGAGUAUCGAAGAGCUCUACGAAGAGUAAAAAAAGGAACAGCAUCAAACUUAGAAGAAGCAUAUCGCUGUGUGCAUCCAGGAUCACGAAGCACAACUGCUUUAGAACACACAUUGCAUCGACUGGUCACUAUAUUAGCAAGAGAGUUCUUACAGUGGGAACUGACCAGCUCGCUGCCUUGCAAAUUACUCUUGUCUAUUUUAGCCAGUAGACUGUUGCAGGGAAUUCACACUGCCAGUUGUCCCAAUUUGAUCUAUGAAAAAUUAGUGGUGCUAUUGAGCGCUGCGCCAACGGAAAAUGGAACCACAGCCGUAACGAAUCACGGAAUUGUAUCGCAAGCUUUGGGUGGUGGAAUUGCAUCCGCAACAGCUGCUGUGAUUCCACGACCAUUACCAAAACAAAAUUCAGCUUUAAGCACAUCUACCGAUUCCAAAAGUGAAAAUCAAACUAUAUCAUCUCAAAAUGCAGAAAGGUCUUCCUUAUGCCUAGAGGGCCUUGCUAUUAGUCAUCGAGGUCUCUGGGGUGAUGUCAGUAUUUCAGAGCCAGAUUCUGAAUUGGACGAAGAUCGUUUAUCGCCAGUGUACGAAGAGCCAACAGAUUUCGCUACAACCAUUGCCAGACUUAGAAAUCUCUUACAACAAAAGUCGACGGCUACAACACCACUUCAAGUCGAAGAGAAAUCCUGUACCGUAUACGAAGGUAGCCAAUUCACAAAUCUCGCUAUUCCGUGGACAGAAUUUUAUACUGCUCCGGAUGGCUCUCAACAACUCUUGUAUUGUAUACAAUUUGAUGAUGUGGAACAACAUGGUGUUGAUAUGUUUGAAACAACAACAGCAACAGUUAGAAGACAGUACUCCGACUUCGUGCAGCUUCAUGGCAGUUUGGAAGAGGUACCGUCCUUAUCGGGCAUCAUGUCUGACAUGUCUUUACCAGAAGGAGGACGUGUGGAAAUGGAAAAUUAUUUGAAGACUCUUUGCACACGCUUGUCAAUAGAGUCGCCACCACAGCUUCGACAUUUUCUUCGUCCCAGCAGUGGCGUCGGAAAAAAGGCAGACGUCGUGGUGCCAAGAUUAGAUAGGUUCCUGGCGAAAACUGUCAGUGGAAUGUUUAAUACUUUGAAGACCGUUGUUCCUGGUUUUGAAAUGGAUCAAGAAGAAGACGUUGUUCCACUGCCAACUUUGAUGCCACUAGCAGACAUUCCAUGGAGAUUCGUGGAAGAUGUUAAAUCGAGGAGUGUGGCAGUGGAACUCCAACAACUGGUUGCUGAAAGAAUAGACUACUGUUCUGUAGAUACUGCUUAUGAAGCAGUCGAUUCUGUAGAAGGUAGUGGGGAUUCAGAACUACUCUCUCAUUGGUUGGAUACUGUCAAUACUCCCUAUGAUGAAGAACUAGAGGAAUUGGACUGUAAUUUGACCUUGACCCGUGUAAGCAUAGAUCUUAUAUGCGAGGUAUUAGCAGGUAUCGGUAGCAACAAUACCCUGCAGCAGGAAGCUGUUGUACGAUGGACAAAAUUGCUAUUUGGAAAUGUCAUUGAACCAGUUUUACAAAAUAUCAUUCUUCGACUGUCAAAUAAAUUCAGUAACUUGACGCUAUUCUCGACCAGCCAAACGGAUGAAUCAAAAGAGUCAAUAGAUUCUUUGAAGGAAAAAUUAGUGCGAUUACUUAUGGAUAAAAUUCCGUCUGACGUGAAAUUAUUAGUUGGAGAAGAUGACAUGAGGGAAGGUCUACGAUUUUUGUUGGGAUCAUUGGAGGUGAAGAAAAUCAAUCAAGAUUUCAGUCUACAAAUAUUAGAUGUAUUGGCAUCGCAGCUGUUGGCAUCAUGUAGAUCAGAUCAUCAUAAUUCAACUCCAUGAUUAAGGUGCAAUUCUUCGGUAAGUUAUUAUUUAUGAGUAUUUUUGUUUGCAUUUAUAUAAGCGCAUAAUUUAUACCGAGAUUAUUGACACUGUGUGUAAGUAAUGUGCCAUAACUUCAUAUGAAAUAUUCAACAUUCCUUUAGCAAUUCGAUUCGAAAAGAAAUAAGAAUAUUGCAAAUUUGAUAUUAUUUAGUAAUUACUUAUUUUCAUUUGAAAAAAAAAUUUAAUUUCAAUAGUUUAAUGUGCUAAAGGGUCAUGUACCUGACUGUAGUAUUGUUGCAAAAAGAACAAAAAUAUUUUGUAUCAUAGAUAAAUGCGACAUCCCCAAAUGACAAAAUGAAAUUAUUGUUUUACAAUUGUCUCGGUUAUCAGCAGAUCUGUGUAUAAAAUAUCAAUUUGGUAUUUGUUACAUUACAUCAGGACUAUGUUUUGUAUAAAAGUUUUAUUGGUGUUUUAGAUAACUUGUAAGAUACUUGUUAAUCUCUCUGGCAGUACCAGCAUAAUCCAAAGAUUAUGAAAUAUAUUAACACGAUGGAAACAGUA